UUUCUCUUCUUCCACUCACCCCCUUUGACUUGGUUCUCUAUAUUCCCCGUCUUUACUUUUUAAAACCGUAAUUGUCUUUUUUCCUUGCUCUUACAAAAACCGCUCUACGUGCUCUUGUUAUUAAAUACUUGUUUUAUAAUAGCUCUCCAAAUACCAUAAAGAAAUAUAACAAUGGCUGAUUACUGCCCUGUCUACGCCCCCUUCUUUGGCACCAUGGGAUGCACUGCCGCUAUCGUCUUUAGCUGUCUCGGAGCCGCGUACGGUACCGCCAAGUCUGGUGUCGGUCUUUCGGCCAUGGGCGUCCUUCGCCCCGACUUGCUCAUCAAGUGUAUUAUUCCCGUUGUCAUGGCUGGUAUCUUGGGUAUCUAUGGUGUCGUCGUCAGUGUCUUGCUGUCCGGUGGUCUUGCACUGAAGCAAACGCUGUUUGCUGGUUUCAUUCAGUUCGGCGCUGGUUUGAGCGUCGGUCUUUCCUGCUUGGCUGCAGGUAUUGCUAUUGGUAUCACGGGUGACGCUGGUGUCCGUGCUACUGCUCAACAACCCAGAAUGUUCGUCGGCAUGAUUUUGAUUCUCAUUUUCGCUGAAGUCUUGGGUCUGUACGGUCUUAUUGUCGCACUGAUCUUGAACACCAAGGCAUCCGGUACCGAAAGCAUCUGCGCUUAGAAAGGAAGAAGAAAAAGAAUAACCGAGAGGGAGAUGUAGCUUUUUUUUUCUUUUCUUUCGUUUUGUACGUGUAAAAAAAAAAGAACUUCAUAUUCCUUUAUUAAAAGAUAACAGCACAACACAAUAUCACAUCACCAGCU